AUGGCCGUCUCCCCCUACGCCGAGUCCAGCGAGCGCACAAACCCCGUCAAACGCAUCCGAUGGGCCACCCAACGAGUCACCGGCCGGAAAGGCCUGCAAAAGCGCAAAUCCAUCUUCAACCGGCACAACGCGCGCCAGAACGGAAGCGAGAAGAAGCGCGAGUCCAACGGCACCGAUCCGGAGCUGCAGAAGACGGAGGAGGAUGCGCAGAAUGGCGAGGCCGGCGAAGAGGGUGAAGGCAGUGCGAGUGGCAACAAGGCCGGUCGCACCAUCUACUUCAACGUCCCCUUGCCUUCCUUUGCGCGCGACGAGGAUGGCCGACCCCUGCAGCAUUACAAGCGCAAUAAGAUCCGCACGGCCAAGUAUACACCCAUCAGCUUCAUCCCGAAGAAUUUGUGGUUUCAGUUCCACAAUAUCGCCAAUGUCUACUUCUUGGCCGUCAUUAUCUUAUCCGGCUUCUCCAUCUUCGGCGCAACCAACCCCGGACUGUCCGCCGUCCCGCUGAUCGUCAUCAUAGUGGUGACAGCCGUCAAGGAUGGCAUUGAAGAUUGGGGCCGCACAGUCCUCGACAAUGAACUGAACAAUGCGCCCGUGCACCGCUUGAUCGACUGGAAUAAUGUCAACACUGCAGAGGAGAAGAUCUCGGCGUGGCGAAAGUUCAAAAAGGCCAACUCCCGCUUCAUUCUGUCUGUCUGGCGGAGUUGGAGAGCCUCGAACUCGAAGCGGAAAGCGAAGAAGGAGGCGAAGAAGGGCAAGGGGUAUGCGGAGCGGGCGGUGGAUGACGAGCCGGUACCGGAAGAGAGUCAGAGGAGGAGGAGUGUGCUGAAUGCACGGCUGGAUGAAGAAAUCGACAACGAGGGUCCGGUGGGGGGAGAAGAUGGCGAUGUCGAGAUGACGCCGGUACCGUCGCCUGUGCCCGGGCAGGAACGGUCGGGAGAGCAGCACAUGAUUCAAGAAAUGAGCAACGAAGCGUCACGAUCGGGAGAUGCGAAGCAGACGCUUGCCGUACCGCAGAGUGCGCUCGAAAAUGGCAAGCCAGCAGACGCACCAGUGUUCAAACGCUUCUACGGCAGCCUCAUCGACCCAACAAUGGAAGUCCCGGAAACGGCCCGCUUCAAGCGAGACUACUGGAAGAACGUGCAAGUUGGCGACUUCGUCCGCUUAUAUAACGGGGAGGAAGUGCCAGCCGAUAUUGUGGUGUUAUCCACCAGCGACUCAGACGGACAAUGCUACGUGGAGACGAAAAACCUCGACGGCGAAACCAACCUCAAGGUCCGUAACGCCUUACACUCCGGCACCCGCGUCAAGCGCGCCCGCGACUGCGAACGCACAGCCUUCACCCUUGAAUCCGAACCCCCUCACGCAAAUCUCUACGCCUACUCAGGAGUAGUACGAUGGAAACAACGCAACGCCUCCUCCUCCGACGGCUCACUCCGUGACAUGGCCGAACCCGUCAGCAUCAACAACCUCCUCCUCCGCGGCUGCACGCUGCGAAACACGGAAUGGAUUGUCGGCGUCGUCGCGUUCACGGGAGAAGAAACGAAAAUCAUGCUCAACUCCGGCAUCACGCCGUCCAAGCGCGCGUACAUUUCCAAGGAACUCAAUUGGGACGUCAUCUACAACUUCAUCAUCCUCUUCAUCAUGUGCCUCGUCGCCGGCAUCGUGGAAGGAACCACCUGGGCGCGGCUUACGGAGAGCUGGUAUUACUUCGAAUACGGCAACUACGGCAACUCCCCCGCCACCGACGGCGUCAUCACCUUCUGGGCCGCCAUCAUCUUAUUCCAGAAUUUGGUCCCCAUCUCUCUAUACAUCAGCCUCGAGAUCAUCCGCACGGCGCAGGCCUUCUUCAUCUACUCCGACACGUACAUGUACUACGAGAAGAUCGAUUACCCCUGCACGCCGAAAAGCUGGAACAUUAGCGACGAUUUGGGACAGAUCGAGUACAUCUUCUCCGAUAAGACGGGCACGCUGACGCAGAACGUGAUGGAGUUUAAGAAGUGCACGAUCAAUGGUGUUCCGUAUGGGGAAGCUUAUACGGAAGCGCUGGCGGGCAUGCAGAAGAGGCAGGGUGUGGAUGUUGAGGAAGAAGGGAGGAAGGCGCGGGAACAGAUUGCGGUCGAUCGUGUGGCUAUGAUUCGCGGGAUCAGGGCGAUGCAUGAUAACCCUUACCUCCGCGAUGAUGAGCUCACGUUCGUCGCGCCCGGGUUUGUGGCGGAUUUGGGUGGGGAGGCGGGGGAGAAGCAGAAGCGGGCGUGUGAGCAGUUCAUGCUUGCCCUCGCGCUGUGUCAUACUGUUAUCACCGAGCGCACGCCCGGGUCACCGCCGAAGAUCGAGUUCAAAGCCCAGUCCCCCGACGAGGCGGCGUUGGUGGCCACGGCGAGGGAUGUCGGGUUUACGGUGAUGGGACGGAGUAACGAUGGGAUUAUCGUUAAUGUCCUCGGCGAGGAACGGGAGUAUACGGUGCUUAACACGCUGGAGUUUAACUCGGCGAGGAAGAGGAUGAGCGCUGUUAUCCGCAUGCCGGAUGGGAGGAUUGUCCUGUUCUGCAAAGGGGCGGAUAGUGUGAUUUACUCCCGUCUCCGACGCGGCGAGCAGCCGGAGUUGCGAAAGAGCACGGCGGAGCAUCUGGAGAUGUUUGCUCGUGAGGGACUGAGGACGCUGUGUAUCGCCCAACGCGAGCUGGGCGAGGAGGAGUACCAGAAGUGGAAUGUUGAGCACGAUCUCGCUGCCGCUGCCGUGCAGGAUCGGGAGGAGAAGCUCGAUGCCGUUUCGGAUGCUAUUGAGCGGGAACUGACGCUGCUGGGUGGUACGGCGAUCGAGGAUCGACUGCAAGAUGGUGUCCCGGACGCUAUCCAGCUUCUCGCGCAGGCGGGGAUCAAGUUGUGGGUGCUGACGGGGGAUAAGGUGGAGACGGCGAUCAAUAUCGGCUUUUCCUGCAAUUUGCUGGAUAAUGAGAUGGAUCUCAUCGUCUUGAAAGUGGAGAGCGAGAGUCUGGAGGAGGCCGGGGCGGAGUUGGACCGGCAGUUGAAGGUGUUCGGCAAGACGGGGAGUGAUGAGGAAUUGAAGGCCGCGAAGAAGAACCACGAACCCCCCGCCCCGACGCACGCGCUCGUGAUUGACGGGGAGACGCUCAAGCUCGCGCUGCAUGAGUCGUUGCGGCAGAAGUUUUUGCUGUUGUGUAAGGAGUGUCGCUCCGUGCUGUGUUGUCGCGUCAGUCCGAGUCAGAAGGCGGCGGUGGUGCAGAUGGUGAAGGCGGGGUUGGAGGUCAUGACGCUGUCGAUUGGCGAUGGCGCGAAUGAUGUUGCUAUGAUUCAGGAGGCGGAUGUGGGGGUGGGCAUUGCCGGGGAGGAGGGCAGGCAGGCGGUGAUGAGCUCCGAUUAUGCGAUCGGGCAGUUUCGGUUCUUGUGCCGGUUGGUGCUGGUGCAUGGCCGGUGGAGUUAUCGGCGCAUGGCGGAGACGAUUGCGAAUUUCUUUUAUAAGAACAUCGUCUGGACCUUCGCCCUCUUCUGGUACCAGAUCUACACCAACAUGGACUGCUCCUAUGCCUUCGACUACUCCUACAUCCUCCUCUACAACCUGGCCUUCACCUCUCUACCAGUCAUCUUCAUGGGCAUUCUCGACCAGGACGUCGACGACAAAGUCUCCCUCGCCGUGCCCCAACUCUACCGCCGCGGCAUCGAGCGCCUCGAGUGGACACAAGUCAAGUUCUGGACGUACAUGAUCGACGGCCUGUACCAGAGCGUGAUAUGCUUCUACUUCACUUACCUCAUCUUCCAACCCGCUACCUUUAAUACCGAGGACGGCAGGACGAUCAGCGAUUACAAGCGCAUGGGCGUGUACAUCGGCAACCCGGUCGUGGUGGUGGUGAAUAUGUACGUGCUGCUGAACACGUACCGCUGGGACUGGUUCAUGCUGCUCAUCACCGCCAUCUCGGUGUUGCUCAUCUUCUUCUGGACCGGCGUCUACACUUCGGGAACGUUCGGUUUCACCUUCUACGGCGCCGCGUCGCAAGUUUACGGCGCGCUGAAUUUCUGGGCUAUGCUCUUACUCACCGUGAUAUUAUGCUUACUGCCCCGCUUCGCGGCGAAGGCGUUUCAGAAGAUUUAUAUGCCCCGCGACGUGGAUAUCGUGCGCGAGCAGAUCCGGCAAGGGAAAUUCGAGUACCUCAAGCAUGUCGACCCGGAGAAAGUGGGUCCGACGAAACUCGCGCCCAGCGACGGCAGUACGUCGUCGAAGGACGAGUCGGAGACGAGCAAAUCGACCGAUCCGAAGAAGGGUUCGCAUAAUUCGGCGAUGUCUGAGGAUAUGCGACCGAUAUACCCUCCUUCCAUUGCUGCGACGGCGGCGACGACUCAUAACGCGCGCAGUCAGAAUGGCAGUGACGGGACGGAUUAUACGGGGCAUAGGGAUAGUCUGGACCGCGCUUUUCCGCACGGCGGUGCUGCUUCGCAAGCACAAUCACAAUCACAACAGCAGCAAUAUAAUACCGCGCAGACACCCACCAUCACGACCACCGACGAGAUCGGCGGCACGGGACGACCGAGUAUGGAUCGUCCCCGGCCGAGUUUCGAUCGGUUAAGGACGAGUAUGGAUCGUACCCGGGCGAGCUUUGAGGCGAGUCGGGAUUUCACGAGCGCGGCGUAUUUGGCACGGGUGGAGAGUAGUCAGUCGCAAGGGGAGAGAGGAGGAGGAGGAGGGGCGGGGAACAGUCGGUUGAAGGAUGUUAGUGCGGAUUUGAGACGAUAG